UUAUUUUUAGACUAAUCAGUUCCGCAUCUUAUGAUAAAACGUAUUUAUAAGUAAUUUCGGCAUAGUACGCUAUCAAACUCGAUACCGUAAAGUCUAUCAAUAUGUUUGCCAACAAAGUAGCGCUCGUGACCGGAGGAAGUUCAGGUAUUGGUGCGGCCACUGUGGAACUGUUCGCUAAAGAAGGAGCAUCAGUCGCCAUCGUCGGCAGAAACGAAACCCGACUGCAAGAAGUCGCUAAGAAAUGCGAACAAUAUGGAGCUCCAACCCUCGUCAUCAAAGCUGAUGUCUCCAAUGAAGAACAGACCAAGACUGUUGUUCAAAAGACGGUAGAUAAAUUCGGGAAACUCGACGUGCUUGUAAAUAAUGCUGGCAUUCUUCGCUUUGCUACUCUUGAGCAAUCUGAUACAUUAAAGUACUACGAUGAAGUCAUGAAUACAAAUCUUCGUUCCGUUGUCCAGAUAACUAAUCUAGCUAUUCCUCACCUCAAAGAAACUAAAGGUAAUAUUAUAAACGUUUCCAGUGUAGCUUCUACGUCUUACAAGGUAGCAGGGUUAUCAGCUUACAGCAUAUCUAAAGCUGGCAUGGAUCACUUUACAAGAUGUGCAGCUGUUGAACUUGCUCCUUCUGGUGUCAGAGUGAAUUGCGUCAAUCCUGGACCUGUAGUUACGGAGAUUAUAGCCAAUGCUAACAUUCCUUCAGAACUAGAGGGUAAAGAUGCAGGACAGAUGACUGCUUUAGGAAGAUAUUCUGAUGCUGAAGAGGUGGCAGAUAUAAUUCUGUAUCUAGCCAGUGAGAAGGCUAAAAGUAUUACGGGUGUCUGCAGCGUAAUUGAUAAUGGUUAUUUAAUGAAAUAAAUAAAUUUGAUUCUGGUGAACAUGGAUAUUUUAACUACUAUACGUGUAUUUCAAAUUGUUUUGUCGUCGUUUAAAAUAUAAAUAUUAAUAAUACUGAUACCAUUAUCUCUCUGAUUGCUAAUUAGUCAGCCACUGUGAUUGUAUUGUAGACAUUAUUGAUAUGUACUGUAUUAUUUUUCUUAUCAUAGUUACAUGACUUGUUAUGUAAAUUGUUUUC